GAUUCUGGAGAUAAAGCCAGCCCUUUCCUUAAUAUUUAUUGUGACUAUGAGCCCGGCUCUGAAUAUAAUCUGGAUUCCAUUGCACAAAGCUGCUUGAACCUGGAAUUGCAGUUCACACCUUUCCAGCUGUACCAUGCAGA